AUGCCUCCCAGACGAAAUGCGCAGUCCGUCCCAGCGGAAAUCUCCCUAUCUCACCUCAAAAGCUGUUUGGUCAACCUUCCUACAUCACUGGUCUCCCUCCUAGUCAAUGUCAAUACUCCUGCACAAAAUGUCAUCAUUGAGCUCAGCUAUCGUGAGGCCUCGCCGACUGGAGCCGGCUCCCAGCAGCGCUCCAUAUUCGUAGGAUGGACAGGCAUGCCCAGCAAGAGGAGGACCGCUCCUCCAGGGACCCGUGAUGGACUCAACAGCUCGCGAUCAUCCCGCGAUCAGGAGGUUCAGCUUGUCGAACUCGACGCCACACUAGCCAAGUCACUAGGUAUAUCAGAAGGGCAGAAGAUCACGGCCACCAUUCAUCUCGAUCCUCCACUGGCGCAUACGAUCAACAUUGAACCCCUUACACCGGAGGACUGGGAGAUCAUUGAGCUACAUGCGACAUUCCUCGAACUGAAUCUAAUCUCUCAAAUUCGAGCGCUCCCGAACCCGCUAUACAAAAUUGGCGACAACCCCGUCGAGCCCCACGCGUUGACACUGCAUCUAUCUCCGACAUCGACCGCAAAUAUCAAAGUUAUUUCGCUGGAUCCUUCGCCCCCGGCCGACUUGCCAUUCGCAAAGAUAUCUCCCGAUGCCGAGGUCAUCGUUGCGCCGAAGACGAGGCAAAAGAGCUCGCACAGCUCGGGCGACCACCGCAGCGUAGCCAGCACUUCCAAGUCCAAACGAAGCGCGACCAGCACGGUGCGCCGGCGAAGCGCCAAGGAAGAGCGAAGACCUACCAUGUUUCUGCGUGGUCUUGACCGAAGCUCAUGUGAAGAAUGGUUUGAUGAAGGGCCCCUGGUUCAGGACUUAAGUGUUUGGGUUGAUCAUGACCUUGUCUCCGGCGAAGCCUUCAAAGGGGUCAACUAUGUCGCGGUCGAUGUUAUUAGACCAGCUGGUCUGCAACAGCCUCAACCAGAAGAAGGCGGCGUUCCUGCUGGGACGACUGCGGCCACAAAAGUCAUUGCUCAUCUUAGAUCAUGGAUUGACCCCCCCAACAGUCAAUCGGUUGCUCUUUCGUCACCCCUCUGUGCAAGUCUUGGGUGUUCUGGCAUGGUUGGCGGGAUAGUAAAGCUUCAAGCAGCUCCGCAGCAACUCCCCAAGACUGCGGUUCAGAGCAUCAAGGUCUUUCCUUUCGCCUCAAGUGCAAAGACUGUCGAAGGCCUGCGGUUUGGUGGAGAAUCCAAGGCUGAGAAAGAAGAAUCUGCGAAGCGGUUCCGGCAGAUCUAUGCUGCUGCUAGAGGUACUGAUGGGCUUCUUCAAGGACCUUUGACAGAUGGCUCCAUCAUGGGCUUAUACGACGGUCUCGAUCCUCCUCAGGGUUGGGAAGGCGGCAUCAUUAAAUUUACCUUUGGUGGUGAUUUUCAAGAGAACAAAGACGCUGCGAAUUGGCUUCUUGGGCUCGAUACUAAACUACCCAUUGACUUUCAGCCACCAACUCCUCGGCCAUCAUGGCUGACCGAAACGGAUGGGUUUGAGCGUCAACCAACCCACGAUUCGCUCCUUGUUGGAAUCGACUCUUUGCUGGAAAAUUUGCAGUCUAAUCUUGUCCACCUUUCUUCGGUACUUCUCACUGGUGGUAUGGGAUCCGGAAAAUCUUCCAUUGCUCGAUACUUGGCACAAAAACUACGACAAGAUUCAUUAUUCCAUACAUUAUACUACCCUUGCCGGAAACUAGUCAAUGACGAGACACGAAUCUCAACGAUAAAGGAAACUUUGAACCGUUUAUUCGCCACCGCCAGCUGGGGUGCACGCUUAAACGGAACAGCUGUGGUAGUUCUUGAUGACCUGGACAAGCUUUGUCCUGUAGAAACGGAACUUCAGGUCGGCAAUGACAAUGGAAGGAGCAGGCAAGUCGGUGAGAUCCUGUGCUCGAUCGUUAGACAAUACUGUACUCGGGACAGCGGUGUUGUUCUCCUGGCCACAGCCGAGGGCAAGGAGUCAAUCAAUGGUGUUGUAGUCAGUGGCCAUGUUGUGCGCGAGAUCGUUGAACUCAAGGCGCCUGAUAAGGAAUCGAGACGCCGAGUGAUGGAGUCUAUUGUCAUGCAGGAUGCCAUGACGGCUGAAGAAGCUCAGACACAGUUCAGCGACGAAAGUCGACCACAAACUGCUGACGGCAGCAUGACGGAAGACAGUGGUGCUUGGAUGGACGGCGCUAGUCAUGCGAGUAAGGAGAGCCCUCCGGCAAAGACGAGCGGCUUCAUCUUGGACUCCGAUCUUGACUUUCUUGAUAUUUCUGGCUCUACAGACGGCUAUAUGCCCGGCGACAUCAAUGUCCUUGUGUCUCGUGCGAGGAACGAGGCUAUCAUUCGUGCCAUUGCUGAGUCGCCAGACUCGACCGGUGCCAUUCACUUGGCAAGGGCUGAUUUUGAUAAGGCCCUCAAGGGAUUCACGCCAGCCUCAUUGAGGAAUGUGUCGCUGCAGAGUUCGUCAACAAGCUUCAAGUCGAUUGGAGGGCUGCAAGAGACACGACAGGUGCUCCUGGAGACGCUACAAUACCCGACUAAAUAUGCGCCCAUCUUUGCGCAGUGUCCACUACGCCUUCGAUCUGGCCUUCUUCUUUACGGAUAUCCCGGUUGCGGUAAGACGCUUCUUGCCAGCGCUGUUGCAGGCGAGUGCGGCCUCAAUUUCAUCAGUGUCAAGGGUCCUGAAAUUCUGAACAAGUACAUCGGUGCCUCUGAGAAGAGUGUUCGAGAUCUGUUUGAUAGGGCCCAGGCUGCGAAGCCAUGUGUACUUUUCUUCGACGAGUUUGACUCCAUUGCACCCAAGAGAGGACAUGACUCUACAGGUGUCACGGAUCGUGUGGUAAACCAGCUUCUCACACAGAUGGACGGUGCCGAGGGAUUAUCAGGUGUCUACGUGCUAGCAGCUACUUCACGGCCUGAUCUGAUCGACCCUGCUCUUCUUCGUCCCGGCCGUCUGGACAAGUCUUUGUUGUGCGAUAUGCCUUCCCUGGAGGAUCGUGUCGACAUCAUCAAGGCACUGUUUCAAAAAGUCAGACUCUCGAACGAGUUGACCGAAUCCGAUGGGCCUCUGACGGACAUUGCUCGCCGUACUGAAGGCUUCUCGGGUGCUGACCUCCAGGCUCUUGUUUCCAAUGCUCAGCUCGAGGCUAUUCACGAUGUUUUGGACGUUGAUGGACCUACAGUCACUUCUAAACGAUCCAACGGAACCAAUGGCAAGUCGAACACCACUCCUAGCUUCGUCCAGUUCCGUUACGGUAAAGACGCCAAACCUCUGACCGGGGCGACGCCAAAAAGCAAGUCUGCUGCUCUGGUCGAGAACGCAUCUAUUUUGGCAAAGCUUGAAGAGAUCAAGAUAGCUCGUAAGAAGUCGAAGCAAAUCCACGGGGCUCCCGCCACCAACACAGACGCCAAGGCGCAGAGCAGCGACCAGAGGGAGGUGGUGAUUGAAUGGGACCACCUCAUAAAGGCUCUGGGUAGCACACGGGCGAGUAUCAGUUCAGAGGAGAAGGCCAGAUUGCAAAGGAUAUAUACCGAAUUUGUUGUGGGUAGAAGUGGCCAAAUGAAGGAUGGGCAGGGAAGCAUGGAAAUUGGAGGCCGAAGCAGUUUGAUGUAA